GACUGGCGGGGGGUGGAGGGGGGUCGCCCCCGUUAAAACCGUCCCGUGUCCCAACCGCCUCCCGAGAUCUUGGGGCUAUAGCUGCCGGAAGUCGAUCCGUGAGGUUGGUGAAGUGCCUGGUUUGUUAUUCUUGGUGGUGCUCAGGUGGUGCUGUGAUAGAAGGCGCUUUGAUUGGGAGCAGCGCAGCGAAAGGAAAUUACAUAAGAAAUGGAGGACGACUGGUUUGCUGGCGGCGAUGACGAACCCCCACCAACACUCAAGCCCCUGAAGAAGCCCGGCCAGGAAGAGGAGCCACCUCCACCUGCCGAACAAGAAGCCCCUGAGGGAGGAGAAGCGCCAAAAGAGGGCGAAUUGCCUCCCGAUUACCUGGACGAAGACUAUCUGGAUCCUGACAGACUGCUUUUGUUCAAACACUGGAUCAGGCCGAAGUUCCUGCCUUACAAAUACAUCUCGCUCUACAGGAAGAUCUACUACGACGACGUCAUAGACUACAUGGACAAAAAGAGCAGGGGCAUCCCUAGGGAGAUCCCCCACGCAGAGACCUGGGCUGAAAGACUCAUAAGACAUUGCAAAGACAAGAUGGCCUACCACAAGUCAUUCAAAAGGAUCCGCCAGAGAGACUUGGAGCUUGUGGAGAAAACCAGACACAGCGGCAACUUCUUUUACUACCAUAACAAAUGCCAGUUCAAUAGACAAUUUUCGCCCUUGCUGCACUAGGAUCAUUAGAUGAUAGUUAGUGGAGAUAGCCUAUGUUUGUGACGUCCAGCUAAUGGGUUUACUGUUAUUUUUUUUGUUAAUAAAAGCCUCAUUUAUA